UGAGAAUGGGAGCGAGGCCGUUGCCCAAAGUGAUUAAGUGACCAAAGCAUCGGCAACGGAGCGUGGCGCCAUGGGCACUUUGCAUGCAGCUCAAGAGGAGCGGUCCGACCUCCAGCUUUUGCCAUCCAAUGUGAUGCGCAGCAUGCCCUACACCGCGUAUAUCGCGGUGGGGUCCUAUGCCUUGAUCUUUUGGUCUCAAGAAGCAGCCUUGCUCGAGGCCUUACUUUUAUCCAACGAGCUGCUGAACGCCUUCUUCAAGAAGCUGGCGAGCAAGUUGGUGGGGAAGGAGGCCAGAUGGAUCAAAAGACCACGUGGUGCUGCCGACAGUGGGAUCUACCCGCAGCACUUCCCCAAGAUGAGCACAUCGAGUGGCAUGCCCAGCGGUCACGCGCAAACGAGCGCUCUUCUGGCGACGGUGUUCACUUGCUUCUUGGAAUUGACGCCAGGAGCACUCCAAAGUAGAUUCUUGGUGCCGCAAGCUGUACGCAGGGAGUGGAAGAUCCAGUCGUUUCGGUGCCUCUCUUCAAAGAACUUGGAGCUUUGGGAGACCAGUCACCUCCUUGAUCUUCAACCACACAUGGACCCGGACUUGCCAGGGAUAUCGACUUCACCCUUAGAAGCCAAGAACGUGGUGCCUCUGGUCUACGUGUGGCUGGUUGCCUUGUGCGUGAUGUUCUCCCGGACGCGCUUUGGUGGACCGCUGGCCGUGAACAUCGGCGGCCGGGCGGUGGUGCAGCACAGCUGCCUACAAAUUCUGAUCGGUGCGAGCUUGGGCCUCUCCCUUGGGAUCAGUGGCUUUUGGCUUUACCUUGGCCAAGGGGGUUGGUGGCUAGGACUGGUUGUAGCUGUCCUGGUAAUGUCCCUGGUCAUCGCACUGGCCCUGUGCCUUGAAGCCGAGCCAUCUUCGAAGCAAAAGGAUGCUUCCUCCACAGAUGACAACAACAGCACAGGGAGCGGAACACCAGAGGGUGGAACUGGCUUCGGUACCAGCACUUCUGCUCAAGGCAGCGAGUCUGGCCCCAGCCCUCCUGCAGCGGGCUAUGAGUCAUUGGCUCCUCAUCACAGAGCCAGCGCUGCCAACGACAUGUGACAAAAUCACCGCGUGUGGCCGUGCAAA